UUUUGUAGUUAAGCAUCAACUUUCAUAAUUAAUAAAAAUGCGUGGAAAGUUUUCUCAAAAUGGAGAGGUUCAGGCUGAUAUAGAUACAAGUAGUAGUGGCUCAUCUCCUCAUUCACAUAAUGAUGAUGAUAUAAUAGAAGUUACUAAUCUUAAUUUUCAUCCAAAACCAAUCUAUAACUUUUCUAUUCCUGAUUUGAUCAAGCAUGAGCCACACAUUGAAUCCAAUGUACAACGUAAACGCAGUUCACGAGAUCUACUUAAAAAUGAUACAUCUGAUGAUAAUUAUGAAAAAGGUUCAAAAAGACGUGCUAUAUCUAAUAAUGUGAUUGAUUUAACAGAAGUAGAUUCACACGAUGAAAGUGGUGCUGCAUCUGAUUCAGAGAUAACCUUUUCAAAUGAACUAUCGAGAUCUCUUAAUCAUGAAGAUUCAGAAAAUUCCUUUAUUAAUGUUUUGUCUGAUUUGGAGCAAUUUCGUCAUCGAUUAGAACAGUCACGCGAGCGAAUGCAUUUCAUGCGACCAAAUCUUUUACAUAGACUACGGCGAAGGCGUUCUUCGCGUGCUGUUGUAACUGAUGGGCCUCUUAUCACAAGCAAUAUGUUGGAUGCUAGAAAUAAUGUUAUACCCGAGACAAUCAGUGAUGAUUCAGUUUUAGUUGUUGAUGAUCAACAUGAUGAUCAUGAAAUUGCUUUAAGAAUGGCAACAGACCCUAAUUUUUCUCCACCAUAUUAUGCAAUCUCAACAGAAGAUAGCUCUCGUCAUCCUGUUACUGCUCUACGUGAUGCUGAUUCAUCACAUUUUCAAGAGCAGUAUUAUGCCAUACACCAGAGAAGUAGAGAACAAAUUGAACAGGCAUGUAGAAUUAAUCAACAAGCUCGUGAGCGUUUAGAAAGAAUUCAUUAUAGUAUAAGUACAUUACGUUAUUCAAAUAUUCGCAAUAGAAGUUCACGUGUGAGAAGGCGCGAUGAAAGUUUAGCUGAUAACGCAAGACGAAAUUUAGAAGAACAGGAAGUUAAUUCAGCUGAUGUUGAAUUUGUCCGUGAAAUGCGUCCUCGCAAUUUAGACUACCUACACACUCCUUUGAAUGAUCCUAUCUAUCCUCGCACACUACUUAGUCGUAAUUUAGUAUCAAAUAAUUUUCUUAUGGAUAGUAUUUGGGAUCGUGUUCCUCCCCCUCGAUUGCAUCAUUUUCAAACAGAAGAUUUUGAGGCAUUGUGGGAUUUAACUGAAAGAAUUGGCCCUGCUAAAUUACGUGGGUUGUCAAAAACAGAAUUAGACACUAUCCCUUCAUUCCGUUUCAGCACUGGGACUGCUAAAGAGACAAAUAGCAAAUGUGUUGUUUGCAUGAGUGAAUAUGUCAACAGAGAAAAACUUCGACGGCUACCAUGCACUCAUGAUUUUCAUUCUAAAUGUAUUGAUAAAUGGUUAAGGUCGAACAGAACUUGUCCAGUGUGUCGUGAUGAUGUCAAAACCGCAAACCAAUCAGAAUAAAUUUCAAGAUACAAAACCAUUGUUUGGUAAUGCGCGUUUAAAACGCUUAAACCUAUAUGACUUAAAUUUUUUUAUAUAACUUGGCUAAUUUUUUACAAAAAAAAAACUAAAUAAAAAUAUCCCAGAUAUUUUUUUAAAUAGUAAGCGCAACAUAUUUGUAUAAAUGUAAUGGUUUUUGUUUUUUGAAAUUAAUGUAACUAAGAAACAAAUAUUUUUCAAUCUUAUAAAAAAGUAUAUUGUUGAAUAAAAAAAUUGUUGAAUAAGUUUUAAAUUUAAGUACACUUAAUUUAAUUUGGAUAAUUGUAUUUUACUGAAAAAUAAAUAAUUUUAUUGAUUUUUUUUGUGUGUGUCUAUAACUAAAUGAUAAUGGUAUCCUUUGAUGAUAAUGGUAUCCUUUAAUGAGUAGAUGAUAAUGGUAUUCUUUGAUGAGUAGAUAAUAAUUGUAACAUUAAUUAGAUGCAAAUGUUAUUCUUUGAUGAACGUUUGAAAAGAGCAAUGCAGCGAUUUAUAAAAACAGUGUUUUCAGUGUACAAGCUGUAUUUUUUUUAUAAAACAUCUUUGUUAAUUAUAUUUUUUAAAUGUU